GUGACUGCCAACAGCCGCCGGCCCAGUGUCGAAUCCAGAAAUGCACCACGGACUUCGUGGCCCUGACUUCGCACCUGAACUCUGCCAUUGACGGCUUUGACUCUGAGUUCUGCAAGGCGCUGCGAGCCUAUGCUGGCUGCACCCAGCGAACUUCGAAGGCCUGCCGUGGCAACCUGGUGUACCAUUCUGCUGUGCUGGGUAUCAGUGACCUCAUGAGCCAGAGGAACUGCUCCAAGGAUGGGCCCACAUCCUCUGCCAACCCGGAAGUGACCCAUGACCCUUGUAACUAUCACAGCCAUGCGGGAGCCAGAGAACACCGGGGAGGGGAGCACAGCCCUCCCAGUUACCUUUUCUGUGGCUUGUUCGGAGACCCUCACCUUAGAACUUUCAAGGAUCACUUUCAGACAUGCAAAGUGGAAGGGGCCUGGCCACUCAUAGAUAAUAAUUACCUUUCGGUUCAAGUGACGAACGUGCCCGUGGUCCCUGGAUCCAGUGCUACUGCUACAAAUAAGAUCACGAUCAUCUUCAAAGCCCACCACGAGUGUACAGAUCAGAAAGUGUACCAAGCUGUGACAGAUGACCUGCCAGCUGCGUUCGUGGACGGCACCACCAGCGGCGGGGACGGCGACACCAAGAGCCUGCAGAUCGUGGAGAGGGAGAGCGGCCGCUACGUGGAGAUGCACGCCCGCUACAUAGGCACGACCGUGUUCGUGCGCCAGCUGGGUCACUACCUGACCCUGGCCAUCCGCAUGCCCGAGGCCCUGGCCAUGGCCUACGAGGAAAGCCAGGACCUGCAGCUGUGUGUGAACGGCUGCCCUCUGAGUGAGCGCAUCGACGACGGGCAGGGCCAGGUGUCCGCCAUCCUGGGGCACAGCCUGCCUCGCACCUCCUCGGUGCAGGCCUGGCCCGGCUACACGCUGGCCACUGCCAACACUCGCUGCCAUGAGAAGAUGCCGGUGAAGGACAUCUAUUUCCAGUCCUGCGUCUUUGACCUGCUCACCACCGGUGAUGCCAACUUCACCGCCGCAGCCCGCAGCGCCCUGGAGGACGUGGAGGCGCUGCACCCGCGGAAGGAGCGCUGGCACAUCUUCCCCGGCAGCGGCUCCAGGGCCCCGCGGGGGCGCGGCGCUUGGUCUGUCAGCCUGGGACUCGUGGGCUUGACCCUUGUUGCAUUUUUGUAGGGCUUUGUCUUUUGGUUUUGUUUUUUUAUUUUUAUUUUUGUUUUUUUUUUUUUAAUUUUUUUGUCUAUAACAAAAUUUUAAAAUAUAUAUUGUCAUAAUAUAUUGAGUAAAAGAGUAUAUAUGUAUAUACCAUGUAUAUGACAGGAUGCUGGUCCUGGUUACCACCAGAUUGUACAUAUUGUGCUUGGCUGUUUUCACAUGCGUUGGAUGUAGUGUUCUUUGAUUGUAUCAAUUUCGUUUGGCAGUUUUGUGAAAUGUUUUAUAAUGUCCCUGCCGGGGGACCUGUUAGAAAGCACUUUAUUUUUUAUAUAUUAAAUAUUUAUGUGUGUACCUGGUUACUGUACAGUACAUAUACACAGACACCGUGCGCGAUGUUCCCUAGGAAGGUGACCAGUUGUUGUAGCUGUUCGUGGCUGUCCCCUCCGCCUCUGCGCUGCUACUGAUUGCCCGUGUGCAGCUCCCACUGGCCGUGUCCUGGUGGAGCCGCCGCUCUGCUUGGAAGUGUGCCCUCGCUGUCGGCUGCCCUCACCCGCUUUGAAAGGAUGGCAGCUUCCUCCCCUGCAGAUUCUUUUGCUUCUCCCAAACGCUGACCUAAGUAGGAAGCCCUCUCGCUAGCCGCCGUCGCUUUUCGGGAAGGUGAGGAAUAUUGCUGCCAUUCUUACCGGCUCCUGCUUCCAGUUCUGUUCGAACACGUGACGUGGUAGGUUGGGCCUGUGAAAACUGCUUUUAGCUGAAAGGGGUCUGGUGACGGCAGCUUCGUAGAUAAAUACCAGGCAUCUUGCUAGACCUCAGGAGCUCUCAGACUCUCACCCCAUGCCCCAGUUUAAAUUGUAAGUUUUCCUCUUUUAACUCGCUUCAUUAAAACAUGAAACCACAAACUUAGUAAUAAUCAUGACUUGUUCUUUGUGUAAUUUGUGGACGCCCAUCAUUCUUAGCUUUCCCUCUCCUGGCUCUCGGGACCCAGACAACAGCAACUUGUCUCCGCCACACUUGGCUGACCUCAGCCUCACCUUACGGAUCCACGGCCGGGGCUUGUUCAGUCUUCCUCUGAUAAUGACACCUAGUCAUCACAGAAGUUCUCCAUCUUUCCCUGCCCUCCACUGCUGGUCUGCAGGCCUUGAUGUGCCUUUAUGCACAAUGAAACAGUAGGAUAUUAAUGGCAGAAAAGCUUCUCCAGCCUGACUCGGGACGUGCUUAACUAUGGCUGCUGAUGAGUCCAAACAAGUAAACGUGCUGCCCAAGUACACUGUCUUUUACGUCAGAUACUCUCGCUCCACACCUGUAGUUGAAUAGUAAUUGCUCAUGUAACGUGGUGAAAUCUCCAUAUAACAGUGAUCUUCCCCCUUACUCUUCCUUUCCAUUCUUGGUACCCUUUGUGAAAGGAAAAACAUCUGCAACAAAAGGCAGGAAUAGUAAUGGAGAAAGUUAAGUCCGGGGCUGGGGAUGUAGCUCAGCGGCACAGUGCCUGCCUGGCAAGUGCAAGGUUGUGAGUUUGAUUCCUGGUACCAAAAAACAAAAGUCCAGGAUAGGUAAAAUUAUAUUAUUAUAUCCAACUAUAAGUUUUGCUUCUAAGAGCUGAUACAAUUUGUAUUUAAGAAUUCAAGUUUACAUAACUGUGAACAAAAGGUGAUAAACUUGAAAUGCCAUUGUAAUUUACGCUAAGGCUAUGCUUGGUUUUAGUUGCCCGUGUGAUAUCUCUUACUGUGUCCUCUUGACCAGUGGCACUGCCAGAGACUCAGACUGACCCCAAAAGAAGAUGUCAUUUUGUGAAGUUUCUUAAUGCACUGAGGUACCAACUAGUUAAAGGGUAGAAUUGUGAGUUCAUUUAGGAGUGGCAAACGUGUGCUUCUGGUGUAUAAAAGAAUAAUCUUGGGGCAAUGUAGGUUAAUGAUGAAGGCUUCCCGCUACUAUUAAACAUUCAACUCCAGGAUGGGACCUAAUUCUGUCAUCCCGCCAUGGAAGCUGAACUGGGUACCUGCCUACGUCACCUGUGAGCCACGGCUGCUUCUCUCCAUCUGUGGAGCCGCUUGCCGAUUUCAGCUUUUGUAAUUGAGAACGCGAAAGAACACUAAGGAUACCUUUAACCACUAUUUUUGUGCAAAUAGUAUAAAAGUAAAGUAAAAGCAAUAAUAGAACUUUCUACAGUACAUGGGUUUAGAGUGUAUAGGAUUAAUGUACCUUUGUGAACACAAAGCAUUUUGCUAAGAUUCAGGAGAAGGAAACCCGAUCGUUUUGCCACAUCAUUUAGCUGGAAAGGAUGCUUGGAACAGCCAGAGUGUCCACUUUCUCUCCCUUUUUAGUCAGUGCCCUGUAAAACCUUCAGAGACCCCACAGGUGACUAUGAACCCAGUCCAGCUAUCACCGGUAAUACUCGCAUUCCCUUUAGAAAGGUUUGUUUUCUUGAGGAUUUCUAGAGGAAACGCUGCCUGCACGUGUUGGUUCAUGAAAUGCUUCGAAGACGUUCAGGUCGGCCCAACACGUGGAUGGGCUGCAGCUGUUCACAGGUCUCCCGGGGGAGCUUCAGCCUAGGGCAGGAGUACUGGUUUUCACGGGUGCUCCACGUGGCUGUCUUUAAAAGGCUCAGAACAUUUGUUGUCCUCUCCUUUGCUUGGAACCUCCCCCCGCCCCAGUGUGUCGAGUCUUUGCAAAGAAACCUUUCGAUGUGAAUACGUAUCUGUGUCAAACAGUUGAGUGUGCAGUGUGUAAAUACUUUAACUUAUUAUGCUAGAAAAAUAAAGUGACGGACCAUGCUGUGGAA